UUGUGGAGCAGAGACAAUGGACUCCCUGGACCACAUGCUGACGGACCCCCUGGAGCUGGGCCCCUGUGGGGACGGCCACGGCGCCCGCAUCAUGGAGGACUGCCUCCUGGGGAGCACGCGGGUCAGCCUCCCCGAGGACCUCCUGGAGGAUCCCGAGAUAUUCUUCGAUGUGGUCAGUCUGUCCACGUGGCGAGAGGUCCUGAGCGACGCUCAGCGGGAGCACCUCCAGCAGUUUCUGCCUCGCUUUCCCGAGGAUGGCCUUGACCAGCAGAACCAGCUCAUCCUCGCUCUCUUCCGCGGGGAGAACUUCCGCUUCGGGAACCCUCUGCACAUCGCCCAGAAGCUCUUUCGAGACGGACACUUCAACCCCGAGGUGGUCAAGUACCGGCAGCUGUGCUUCAGGUCCCAGUACAAGCGCUACCUCUCCUCGCAGCAGCAGUACUUCCACCGGCUGCUGAAGCAGAUCCUGGCCUCGCGGAGCGACCUCCUGGAGACGGCGCGGCGGAGCGGCCCGACCCUGUCCCUGCGGCACAGGCGGGCGUCACCGUCCCGCGCCCCCGAGGUGCGGGAGUGGCGCGCCCAGCAGCGCUACCUGAAGGUCCUGCGGGAGGUGAAGGAGGAGUGUGGGGACACGUCCCUGUCGUCGGACGAGGAGGCCACGUUGGAUUUACAAGAAAAAUUUUCUUUUGAAGAUCUUGGCUCGUGGCUCCCCGGCUCCCCGGCGCGUUCUCCCAGCCCCGCAGUGCCCCUGCGGGUGGUGCCCACACUGUCCACUACGGACAUGAAAACUGCAGAUAAAAUAGAGUUGGGAGACAGUGACUUGAGGACGAUGCUGAAGAAGCACCACGAGAAGCGGAAACGCCAGCCCGAUCACCCGGAUCUUCUGACAGGGGACCUGACCCUCAGUGACAUCAUGACUCGGGUCAACGCUGGCAGGAAGGGCUCUCUCGCAGCCCUGUAUGACUUGGCUGUCCUGAAAAAGAAGGUGAAGGAGAAGGAGGAGAAGAAGAAGAAGAAAAUAAAAAUCAUCAAGUCCGAGGUGGAGGACCUGGCGGAGCCCCUCAGUGGCCCGGAGCGGCUGGCCCCGCUGUCUCAGGCACCCUCGCCCCUGGCGGACCCGGCCAUCAAGGAGGAGCCUCUGGAAGACCUCAAGCCUGGCCUGGGAAUCAACGAAAUCUCUUCCAGCUUCUUCUCUCUUCUCUUGGAGAUCUUGAUGCUGGAGGGACAGGCCAGCCUUCCCCUGCUGGAGGAGCGGGUGCUGGACUGGCAGUCGUCUCCGGCCAGCUCACUCAACAGCUGGUUCUCCGCAGCCCCUCACUGGGCCGAGCUGGUGCUGCCCGCCCUGCAGUAUCUUGCCGGAGAAAGCCGGGCUGUGCCCUCCAGCUUCUCUCCGUUUGUUGAGUUCAAAGAAAAAACCCAGCAGUGGAAGUUGCUUGGCCAGUCCCCGGAUAACGAGAAGGAGCUCGCUGCCCUCUUCCAGCUGUGGCUUGAAACCAAAGACCAGGCCUUCUGCAAGCAAGAAAACGAGGACAGCUCCGAUGCCACGACCCCCGUGCCCCGGGAAAGAACCGACUACGUGGUGCGGCCCAGCACGGGGGAGGAGAAGCGGCUCUUCCAGGAGCAGGAGUGGCACCGCUACAGCCAGCCCCACAAGGCCUUCACCUUCCGCAUGCACGGCUUCGAGUCGGUGGUGGGGCCCGUGAAGGGCGUGUUUGACAAGGAGACGUCGCUCAACAAGGCGCGGGAGCACUCCCUGCUGCGCUCCGACCGGCCCGCCUACGUCACCAUCCUGUCCCUGGUCCGGGACGCCGCGGCCCGGCUGCCGAACGGCGAGGGCACCCGCGCCGAGAUCUGCGAGCUGCUGAGAGACUCCCAGUUCCUGGCCCCCGACGUCACCAGCACGCAGGUGAACACGGUCGUGAGCGGCGCGCUGGACCGGCUCCACUACGAGAAGGACCCCUGUGUCAAGUACGACAUCGGCCGCAAGCUGUGGAUCUACUUGCACCGCGACCGGAGCGAGGAGGAGUUCGAGCGGAUCCAUCAGGCCCAGGCUGCGGCCGCGAAGGCCAGGAAGGCCCUUCAGCAGAAGCCCAAGCCGCCGUCCAAGGUGAAGGCCGGCAGCAAGGAGAACGUGGGGAAGGGCCUGGGCUGUGUGGCCGCCGAGCAGAGCCAGCUGAGCCUCAGCGACUCGGGCCUGCCCCCCACCCCCGUCACCCCCGCGACGUCCACCCCGCCCGCUCUGCCCGCCACGCCCAUCUCCCCCCCGCCCGUGGUGUCCACCAGCAAGAGCUGCCCCGGCCCGGAGCCUGCCAAGUCCAGCUCAGGCGUCCUCCUGGUGUCCUCGCCACCCAUGCCGCAGCUCGGAGCCAUGCUCUCCCCGACGGCCAGCCAGACCCCGCCCGCCUCGCAGACAGCGGCCCGCGUCGUCGGCCACUCGGGCCCGGCCGGGCUGCCCCAGGUGCGCGUGGUGGCCCAGCCCAGCCUCCCUGCCACGCCACAGCCCUCGGCGGGGCCCACGCAGGCGCUGCCGCCGAUGCCCCCCGUGCCCCAGAUCCGGGCCCCUGCCGCCACCACCACGCAGACCAAAGUCGUCCCCCAGACAGUCAUGGCCACGGUUCCGGUCAAGGCCCCGGCGGCAUCGGCCAGUGGGCAGCGGCCUGGGCCCGCGCUCACGGUGACAAGCCUUCCUGCCAGCACCGCCAGCCCCGCCAGCAAGCCCGCCACGAGUGGGCCGGGGACGUCUGCGCCGAGUGCGUCCACGGCAGCUGUCAUUCAGAAUGUCACGGGCCAGAACAUCAUCAAGCAGGUGGCAAUCACUGGGCAGCUUGGUGUGAAGGCCCAGGCGGGCAGCAGCAUUCCGCUCACGGCCACUAACUUCCGCAUCCAGGGUAAGGACGUGUUGCGUCUGCCGCCCUCUUCCAUCAGCACCGACGCCAAGGGCCAGACGGUUCUACGGAUCACUCCGGACAUGAUGGCCACGCUGGCUAAGUCCCAGGUCACCACAGUCAAACUGACCCAGGACCUCUUCGGGACAGGAAGUGGCACUGUGGGCAAAGGCAUCUCUGCCACCCUGCACGUCCACGCAGCGGACAGCCCCGGCAAGGCCGGUUCAGCCAGUGCCCCUCCGUCCACUCCAACAGGUACCACCGUGGUCAAGGUGACGCCUGACCUCAAGCCCGCGGACCCCUCAAGCUCCGCGUUCCGCCUGAUGCCCGCCCUCGGUGUGAGCGUGGCAGAGCAGAAGGGGAAAAAUACGGUGGUCGCUGCGUCGGACACCAAGCCCGCCGCCACCAUCCGCAUCGUGCAGGGCCUGGGCGUGGUGCCCCCCAAGGCGGGCCAGACCAUCACGGUGGCCGCCCACGCCAAGCCGGGCUCCUCAGUGGCCAGUGCCUCUGGGACUGUGCAUCCGUCGGCCGUGUCCUUGCCCAGCGUGAACGCCACCGUGUCCAAGACGGUGGCUGUGGCUUCGGGGGCAGCCAGCACCCCCAUCAGCAUCGGGCCGGGAGCCCCCGCGGUCCGCCAGGUCCCGGUCAGCACCACGGUUGUGUCCACGUCACAGGCUGGGAAGCUGCCGACGCGGAUCACGGUGCCGCUCUCGGUCAUCAGCCAGCCCAUGAAGGGCAAGAGCGUGGUCACAGCCCCCCUCAUCAAGGGCAACCUCGGCGCCAACCUCGGCGGCCUGGGCCGCAACAUCAUCCUGACCACUAUGCCCGCGGGGACCAAGCUCAUCGCGGGCAACAAGCCCGUCAGCUUCCUCACGGCGCAGCAGCUGCAGCAGCUACAGCAGCAAGGCCAGGCCACCCAGGUGCGCAUCCAGACCGUCCCCGCAGCCCACCUGCAGCAGGGCACCGCGGCGGGCUCCUCCAAGGCCGUCUCCACCGUGGUGGUGACCACGGCCCCGUCCCCGAAACAGGCGCCCGAGCAGCAGUGAGCGAGCGCGCGAGCCUGCCCCUGGGGCCCAGCGAGAGCAGAGGGGGCCCUGCCCGCCCAGGAGCCCGCGUGUUGGCGGUGGCCGGGACUCUGCUGCCACGCCAGGACGGGCCGCGCCGGGCCCCCAGGCUGUCCCAGCCCGCCCGGAAGUGUGAGCGGUGGGCGAGGUGGACAGCGGCACAGAGCACUGGAGCUCCCAGGCUUCCUGGGGACGAGUGGUCUGGGCAGGAGUGGUCCUGUCCAGAGGUUUGGAUGUAACUUAUUUUUUUAAAGAACCUGUUGCACAUUUUUAUCAGUGGGAAGCUGGACUCUAGCGCCCCCCACACACAAACACGCACAGACGCGCACACACAAUAUCUUUCCGCCAGCGGGAGCAAGGGACAGUGACUGUCUCCCGGAGUCUGGCUGAUGGGGAAGCUGUGAGGUUUGGGUCGGCUCUGAGCUGGCCCGCAGGCCUGGGCUUGCAUCUGCCAGCCCCCGAAUGUGGGUCAUGGGCGGCCGAGGGGCCCGUGUCGGCUCCGACCAGGCUGUCCCUGAGCACGUCUGCUCGGCCCAGGCCGGCACCCCCGUUUUUGUAAAUAAAGUGUCAU